AUGCCUGCAACUGCAGAACUGAUGAGCCCGGGCCUGUGCUUUUACCACACUCGCUUUGGUGCAAACAUUCUCGAUGAUCUGUUCCUUGACGAAGAGUUGACCCUGCAGCUCCAGUCUCAGCCCUUACCUGCCCUGAAUGUGGUUCGAGGUGAUCUGAACCGCUUGACUCCAGCAGUGAGACACUUCGUGGAAGAGAGUGCGAAGCUGUGUCAGCCAGCCAGCAUCCACAUCUGCGAUGGAAGCGAGAAAGAGAACAGGCAGCUUCUGUCCCUGAUGGAGGAGCAGGGAAUGAUCAAACGCCUACACAAGUACCAGAACUGCUGGCUGGCUCGCACAGAUCCCAAGGACGUUGCUCGUGUGGAGAGUAGAACGGUGAUUGUGACCCCCGAGCAGAGGCAAACCGUUCCCAUAGCAAAGAACGGAGUGAGCCAGCUCGGGCGAUGGCUGUCAGAGAAGGAGUUUGAGAAGGCCUUCAAUGCACGAUUCCCAGAGUGUAUGAAAGGGCGUACAAUGUACCUGAUCCCAUUCAGCAUGGGACCUGUGGGGUCACCUCUGUCCAAGAUUGGCGUCCAGCUCACAGACUCGCCGUACGUUGUGGUCAGCAUGAGGAUUAUGACUCGUAUGGGAUCGGCUGUGCUGGAGUCCCUGGGCAGUGGCCAGUUUGUGAAGUGUCUCCAUUCAGUGGGGUGUCCUCUACCACUGAAGAAGCCUCUGGUCAGUAACUGGCCCUGUAAUCCUGAGCUGACCCUGGUUGCCCACAUCCCUCAGCGCAAGGAAAUCAUCUCAUUUGGAAGUGGCUAUGGUGGGAACUCCCUGCUGGGGAAGAAGUGCUUUGCUCUGCGUAUUGCCUCGAGGAUUGCCAGGGAUGAGGGCUGGCUGGCUGAGCACAUGCUGAUUUUGGGAGUAACCAACCCCAAAGGUCAGAAGAAGUACAUUGCUGCAGCUUUCCCCAGCGCUUGUGGCAAGACCAACAUGGCCAUGAUGAGCCCAACAUUGCCUGGCUGGAAAGUGGAGUGUGUGGGAGAUGACAUUGCUUGGAUGAAAUUUGAUGAGCAAGGAAUCCUGAGGGCAAUCAACCCAGAAAAUGGCUUCUUUGGUGUCGCCCCUGGGACUUCGAUGGAUACAAACCCAAACGCCAUGAAGACCAUUUGUAAGAACACCAUCUUCACCAAUGUGGCAGAGACCAGUGAUGGUGGUGUUUACUGGGAAGGCAUCAAUGAAACUCUGCCCCCCAAUGUCACAGUGACAUCGUGGAAGAACAAAAGGUGGACCGAGCAAGACGGAGAACCGUGUUCACACCCCAACUCCAGGUUCUGUGCUCCCGCCAGGCAGUGUCCGAUCAUAGAUCCGAAUUGGGAGUCUCCCGAAGGCGUUCCCAUUGAAGCAAUUCUCUUCGGAGGGCGAAGGCCGAAUGGGGUCCCUCUGGUGUACGAAGCGUUCAACUGGCAGCACGGAGUGUUCGUUGGAGCAGCCAUGAGAUCCGAGGCUACAGCUGCAGCCGAGCACAAAGGUAAAGUCAUCAUGCACGAUCCGUUUGCCAUGAGGCCUUUCUUCGGGUACAACUUUGGCAAGUACUUGUCCCACUGGCUCAGCAUGGAGCACAGGCCCUGCUCAAGGCUUCCCAAGAUCUUCCACGUCAACUGGUUCCGCAAGGACGAGCACAACAACUACCUGUGGCCGGGCUUCGGUGAGAACUCGCGAGUCCUGGAGUGGGUGUUCCGGAGGAUUGAGGGGGAGGACUGCGCCAAGUUCUCUCCAUUGGGCUUCAUUCCCAAGGAUGGAGCUCUGAACCUCGAUGGCCUGGCUAACGUGAACAUGGAUGAGCUGUUUCGUAUCGACAGGGAGUUCUGGGGAGGGGAGAUAAAAGAGAUCAGAAAAUAUUUUGAAGAACAGGUCAACGAUGACCUUCCUAGCGAAAUAGCCAAUCAGCUGCUGCAGUUAGAACUGAGAAUAAAUCACUUGUAACGAAGGCCAGUUGAUAAGAAUAGAACAAUAACCAUGUUUAUAAAUAUAAAGAUAUAAAAUUUCUCCUGAUGGGCGAUCUAGUUAGAGGGAUUCCAACUUUGAAGAAAGGAGCAGACCCUUCCUGUGAUUUUAUUUCUGACCUGCACUGAACUCACUGACAGCCAGUGGAGGCAACUGGCCUCAAUGACUCUUUGUUAUCUAAGGGGAGAUUCAGAGUUCAGGCCACGGUUUGUGGUUUUUGCAGGCGUGUGUCUUUGGCCAGAGUACAUACGUGUUCAAGGGGCAGCCAUUUUAGAGAGUUACUUUAAGAAACCAGGGUUAGCGCAGCCUUGUUUUGGACUGAAUGAAGAACAGAAAGCAUAUUUCGGUAUAGAGUCACAUUGGGUGAGGGGAGAGAAGGGUGAGAGGGUGAGGGUUACCCAAACUGCAGAAAAGACU